AUGGCAAUCAAUAAUACUAAAACAUAUCGCCUUUGCUCAUACUUCCGCUCGACAUGCACAAAUCGUGUGGUUAUUGCUAUGCACCUUAAGGGCAUCCCUGUUGAGCACAACUACAUUGAUCUCGGCAAGGCCGAGCACGAAAGCCCUGAGUUCCAAGCUCUGAAUCCAAGCAAAUCCGUACCGAUCCUCAUCAUCAAGGAAGACGGGAACGAGACUGUUCUCACCCAAUCAAUCGCUAUUCUGGAGUACUUGGAAGAAAGCCUGCCCACCCUGACACCACUACUACCUCCAAGUGGGGAUCUAGUGCAGCGUGCCCGGGUCCGAGAGAUGGUGAACAUCAUCACUAAUGAUAUCCAACCUAUCACCAAUGGGCGGAUCGCUAAAAGAGUCCGUGCCAUUCGAGGUGAAGCCAAGGAUCAGAUCACGUUUGUUACAGAGGUAUUUCUCGCUGGUCUGACGGCGUAUGAUGAACUACUGGCCAAAUAUGGAGGGCAAUUCUCGGUGGGGGAUGUUGUGACCAUGGCUGACGUUUGCUUUGCACCGGCGGUGGAGAUGGCGCUUGCUUAUGGAACCAACCUGGAUGGACUACCACACGUCGUGGGAUUAUUUAAGAAGUUAGGGGAAUUGCCGGCGUUUCAAAAGGGGAAUUGGAAGGUGCAAGGCGAUACACCCGAAGCUAUGAGAGGCCCAUAG